UAAAAAUGAAGGUUAUAAUCUUAGUCAUACUCUUGUUAGGUCUGGUGCUUUCUGGCCCAGUCACUAUGGAUAGGGAUACUGACCAUGGUCAUGGAGAUGAAUUCUACAACAAACUUAGAGCUGAAGAAGGACAGAAAAAACUUAAAAUCCACAUAGUACCUCACUCUCAUGAGGAUGUAGGAUGGAAGUUAACUCCAGAUGAAUACUUUUCAGGAUUCGACUGGUCUAUCAAGCCAGGAGCAUCUCAGUAUGUACUUAGUACAAUGUAUGAUGCCUUGAUGGAUCAUCCAGACAGAAAAUUCACUUGGGUCGAAAGCUACUUCUUUGAAAGGUGGUGGUACUACCAAUCAGAAGAGGUCCAAAACAAUGUUAGACAACUUAUAAAAGAAAAGAGACUUGUCUUUGCUAACGGAGGAUGGUCCAUGAGUGAUGAAGCUACUUUACAUUAUGAAGACUUUAUAAACAACAUGAAGGCAGGACAUGAUUUUUUAAAAAGAGAAUUUGACUAUAAGCCUACGGUUGGGUGGCAGAUCGAUACUUUUGGUCAUCAGUCAGCAACUGCCGGGCUAUUUGCUGAAAUGGGAUUCAGUUCUUGGUUUAUCGCAAGAGCAGACAUUCAGGAUAAGAAGAGCAGAUUAGCAAACAAGGAAAUGGAGUAUCUUUGGAGACCAUUCAACAAGUCACUCGGAGCUAGAUCUGAGAUCUUCACUCAUUUUACCUAUCAGCACUAUGACCCUCCUCAAGGGUUCAAUUAUAAUGAUGCAGCUACAGAUGACCCUGUUGUAGGAGAUAUACUUCUUGAAACAUAUAACUUAGAUGAAAGAGCUGAAAAAUUCAGAGAUUAUCUUCUCCAUAUGUCUCAGCAUUAUAAGACCGAGAACUUAUUUGUACUAUUUGGAGAUGACUUCGGGUUCGCUAACUCUCAAAGAUUUUUUAAGAGCCUUGACCUCAUUAUGGAUUAUAUGAAUGAGAUCUAUGAUGAUAUGGAGCUAUUCUAUAGUACUCCUUAUGAUUACAUUGAUGCUCUCCAAUCUGAAGAUAUUGAAUGGCCUGUUAAGUAUGAUGAUCACCUUCCAUACUCAGAUGAAACUAAUGCUUAUUGGACUGGAUUUUAUACCUCGAGGACUAGCAUUAAAGGAUACAUCAGAGAAUCUUCUCAGGACCUAAACUCACAAAGUAUUUUCCUUGCAAUGGAUUAUCUUAUCAAUGGUGCUCAAACCUUCUCUGCUUUUGAUGACCAUUAUAAGCAACUAGGAGUUUCUUGUCAUCACGAUGCUAUCACAGGAACUGAGAACCAAAAAGUAGCUAAUUAUUAUAUGAAAACUCUUCAUAAAACUCAUUCAAAGUUCAAAGAGCAAUUCGCCAAAUCUUUUGAGAAUAUAUUCAAAACUGGGCUUGAGAAUCUUAGUAUGUGCAAGUUAAAGAAUUCUACUUUCGUCGAUUGCCCUACUAAAGAUUUUGACCAAGAGAUGGUCAUUGUCAUUCUUAAUGAAGUAAAUGAAAGAAGUGAGGAAAAAUCAGAAGAAUUUACUACAGGUCAAAUUUCAUAUAACAUCGCAAAAGUGCCUAUCCCUCACUCUCAAAUUACUGUAUUUGACGAUGAAGAUAUGGAGGUUGAAUCUGACAUUAUCUGAGAGAACGAAGAUGGAACAGAUUGUACUCUAUAUUUCAGAGCUGAUGUGUCUUCAUUUACAGCCAAGAUUUUCACUCUGAAAAAGAUAAGUCAGCCAUCACAUUUACUGUCAACCUCGAAGAAAGAAAUUCAAGCUGGAAAUCAGCAGCUGGUAAUUAACUCGAUUGAUGAGGAAGGAGUUCAUCUCGAGUUUACUAAUAGUGAAGAGAACACUGAACAGCUAACUCUUGCUUACAAGUAUUAUGACUCAUAUGAUUGGAUCAUCGGUCAAAAAUCAGGAGCUUAUGUAUUUAGGCCAUACUACAAAGAGAAGAGACCCGAGAAUUACAAUACUUUCUUGCGCCAAGAAGUCUUUGAUGGAAAGCUUCUCAAACAAAUAAAGCUUUUAGGAGAUGAAGUUGACACAAUCCUUACCUUGACCGAUGGAGAUGAUUUUGUAAAGGUAGAAAGUUACUUAAAGGGGAUUCCUAAAACUCCAACAGGAAGAGAAGUAGUCCUCUCUCUUAAAGUCAAGGAUUUCAAUAACAAUAAAGUGUUCUAUACUGAUACAAUGGGACUAGAGAUGCAAAAAAGAGUGCUUAAUUACAGAAGCUCUUGGGAUCUGAAAGUAGACCAACCAAUAUCUGGAAACUAUUAUCCAAUAAAUCAUGCUAUUGCUAUUAAAGAUCAAGAUAAAAUAUUUGAAGUUUUAAAUGACAGAUCUCAAGGAGGAAGCAGUCUGGAAAAUGGCGAAAUUGAGAUUAUGAUACAGAGAAGAACUUAUAAAGAUGAUUCUAGAGGUGUACAUGAAGCAUUGAAUGAAGUUAACCCAGAAUCUCCUGAUGAAAGGGGAAUAUCCAUAGACACUACUCACUACUUUAGGAUUUAUUCAUCUCUUACAGAAAGAUCGAUGAGACAAAAUUCUAGAAUAAUGCAAAAGAAUAUAGAUGUGCCCCUCACCUUCCUCUUCGGUACCAAGUCUACUCCCUCUCUCAAUACUCUCAAGCUAACCCAGUUCAGCGAAGUCCUCGACCUGCCUCCCCAAAUCAAAGCUGUGUUCUUGCCUGAGCAUGAUGGCACCCUCUUCCUCAGACUCGAGAACAUCCUCGACUUGUUCUCAGCUUCUGACUCGGCCAUCGUCGACGUAGAAGCAAUGGCUGCUCACCUGGGCUUGUUCAUGGGCCUUAGAGUGGAGUCAGUUGUCGAAGUUUCUAACACCGGACUCUACUCAAUGGCUGAGAUGCAGGAAGUCAAGCUACACUGGAAGGGAGAAGACUAUACAAGCAAGCCUGUGAGCUAUGAGUCAGACCCAAGCAAGGUUGAGUUGGAGCCACAAAGAAUCAGAUCUUUCAGACUCACUUUCACUUAAUCUUCAUAACUACUUUGGCUACAUAAUCUGAAUAUGGGGCUC